UCGCUAAACCAAAAUAUGUUGUAAAAUUUAAUAAUGAAUCAGAAAUUAACAAAGAAAAGAUUAAAAUCAACACUGAUAUAUUUUGUGUAAAGGAUUUUGCAAAAUAUGUGUUUACUCAGCCUCUUCGCCAACUGAAAGGUUGCGAUGCAAGUAAUCUAUACGAUGAAGAAGUCAAUGAAUCAAAAAACUUCAUAAGGGAAAUUCACGAAAUAACAAAAAAAACCAAUCGACCAUGUAAUGAAUGA